UGAUCGAGACUGGGUCAUAAGUUCUUGCUGAAAUCGGUCAAAAUGGCUUCACAAAUGUUGAACGUUUUUCGUCGUCAAUUUUCCACAUCCUUGACAAGGAGAUCAACAGCAGCAGCUCAUGGACCAGCAGCAGAAGAUGCAGCAGGUACGGCUAAGACAUGGAAGUACAUGUCAUUCCUAGUAGCCUUGCCAGGUGUGUUGUUCUGUAUGGUGAAUGCUUACAAAGGUGAAAUGGAACAUAAAGCUCAUCUUGCACAUCACAAACCAGAGUUUGUUGCUUACUCACAUCUUAGGAUCAGGACAAAGGCCUUCCCAUGGGGAGAUGGCAACCAUUCUCUCUUCCACAAUGCAGAGUCCAACGCUCUCCCCGAGGGUUAUGAAGAAUAACUCCACUGCUCUCCAGAUGUCUAAAGUCUUUGUCUAUUGAUGUAUUAAGAGAUUUGCAUUUGAAAGCUGUUAAUGUUUAUACACAUGUGGAACUGAUCUACUCUUCAGAUUUGACUUUGAUGUGGCGUACUGCACUACUGAAAAAAUUGGAACAACGAUGAUGAAGAAUAGUUUAGUGCCCUCAUAAAAAAGAACUCUUAAUUAUUUGAAUGAUACAAUUGCCCAUUUGCUGUUGGUAUGAAGAUGCAUCCAAAUUACACUCUCCUUCAUGUUACUGCUGAUUAUCAAAUGGUCACAUUAAUUAAUGGAUGAAAUGUGAAGUUCAUAUCAUUCAUUGGAAAUAUACCACUUUCAUUUUAAACCAAGAACCGAUCUUUGUAAAUUAUUCUCGACAAGAUUAUCUAUGUGCUGUGUAUUGAUAUAAACAGCUAGGAUCUUAUGCAUUGAUAACUGCAAUCUAUAUGUGUAAUGUAUAGUGAAGCACUUUUUCAACCAAAGUUUGCUGUUGGAUAUUAAAGUGUGAAUUAU